AUGAUUCAACAACCAGUUGCGGUACACAUUGUGUUGAAAGUCGCAUUCGCCAUACAGAUGAUGAUUUUCGUAUUUGGUCUGUUCGGCAAUGCGCUCACCAUUGUCGUUCUCCGUACAAAACGCCUUCGACAGUCGAGCACCACAGUCUAUUUGACAGCCCUUGCAGUGGUUGAUCUACUUUAUAUUAUAUCCAGCAUGUUGGUAAACAUUUUCAAUACCACGGUGUUUUUCCCCAGUAACAUAAGAAAUCAUUCGUCAUUGAUUUGUCCACUCACGUCGUUCGUUCACUAUACUCUGACCUAUUUGAGCGUUUGGUUAAUGGUCGCCGUAACAGUGGAACGCGCGAUUUGGGUUGGUCGGCCUUUUCGGGCAAAGCACAUUUGUACACAACGUAAUGCGAUCAUCACCAUCCUAUCACUCACCAUCGGAUUGAUUGCACUCGAUUCACAUUUCUUUUUCACCAUGACCUACAGCAUAUCAACAGACAGAGCGGGGGAAUUUGAAUGUACGCCCAACUAUUUUGCCCAAAUUGUGUUUCCGUACAUUGAUAUGCUGCUUAUUUGUUGUUUGCCCAUCAUAUUCAUGACAGGUGCUAAUGUCGUCAUUGGAAUGAGACUGAAAAGAAUGCGUGAAUUCAACCGCAAACGCAAGGCGCAGAAUGCUACUUCAGUGCAGGAAUCCAACUGUCCCAGCUUCAUACCUUCAUUAGCCACACACGAGGAUAAAACUCGCAAAUCUCCUGCUAUCACACCACCGUCAAACAAGUGUACUGUAGAUACAAAACGCUACCUGAAAAUAUACUCCAGAAAAGCCCGAUCGGAAAUGCGAGAUUCAAUCAAGGUGAGGGCUUGUGUUGAAAAAUCUUCAUCCCUCACGAAGAUGUUGGUGGCAAUUAGUAUAUUUUUCAUCGUGAGUGUUUCUCCUCUAAUGGCGUAUGAUCUUGUCUACUUUGCGUUGGACGUCAACAAGUGGGUUGAAAAAGAGGAGCCCGAUCGUGUCUCUCUGGUGUUUGCCAUUGAAAAGACCGUCUACACUUUGUGGUACACAAACUUUGCGGUUCACUUUGUGAUUUAUUGUUUGAAUGGCCCACCAUUCCGAGCGAAGGCACUUCAAUUGUUCCAAACCGUAUGUUGCUGUUCGCACCACGAUCUUAUGCCGAAUGUUGCCGAAGGGAAAACGGAAUAUGCAGAAGCGAACGCGACUCGAUUGGUGAGAAAUAUCGCCACAACGGAAUGUACAAAUGAGCCGAAUAGAACGCACCGACACCAGUUUGACCAGACACCUGAGACUAAUGGAUGUGGCCCAUCAGUUUCUCCUACUUCCCAUGAUCGGACAGAAGUGAAACCGGCCCAACGGGAAAACAUUCGCCGUGUUUCCCAUGUGAUAAAUGAAAUUGACCUUGUGGAGCUAACCACGGAACCAUGUUCACAUCUGUCUCAUAUUUAA